AGGAAGGAAGGAAGGAAGAAACGACGAACGAACCCCUCGUUGUCUCCCCCACCCAAGCAGCGUAUAGCAAUAGCGCCACCGAGCAUCCUGGCGUACGGAACCGACGCUCGUCGGCCCUCAGUAGCGCGACGAGCGUCGAGUCGCGUGUGCUGUUCUUAUUCUGUGUUAUUUCCACUUUUCACGAGUACGAAAUAUAUCUACCAAGUCGGCUUUUUCCCAUCUGUCUCUUUUUCUCUCCUUUUCUAUUCUCUCUCUUCCCCUCGUGCUAUUUCACGCGCGUACACCAUCCUCUCUCUUAAGCUCGAGUAUAUACAUCAUCUCGAAAGAGCAUACCACGGGAGAGAAAGAGAAAGAGAAAGAGAGAAGAGUGGAUUAAUCUCGGAUUUAAGAUUAUUCCUUUACUUACAAAGCUUUACGGCUUUCGUAAAAGGGAGAAUUUCAUACGAAAAGAGAAGCGAGUAAUUAAAACUUUGGCUGAUUUUAAAAGCAAUGCAGAGCAACGGUUCGGAGAAUAUGGGACCCGAAAAUGGUGUUGAAAAAUCUGGAUGGACAGUUGGAUUGAUUAAUGGAAAAUACAAAUAUCUUACGGCUGAAACUUUUGGCUUCAAAAUCAAUGCUAAUGGAUCAAGCUUGAAAAAGAAACAAUUAUGGACUCUGGAAGGAAGCGAUCAGCAAGUAUUUCUUCGUUCUCAUUUGGAUCGAUACUUGGCUGUAGAUCAGUUUGGAAACGUGACUUGCGAAACGGAAGAUGUUAAUGAUCCUGGCUGUGCUUUCCAAAUACAGCUGGCCUCUGAUGGAAGCGGUCGUUGGGCUUUAAAGAACACGCAGAGAGGCUAUUUUCUAGGCUCUAGUCAAGAUGAAUUAAAAUGCAUAGCUAAAGCUCCGGGCGAAGCAGAAUAUUGGCUUGUACAUCUUGCUGCCAGGCCACAGGUAAAUCUUAGAUCUGCCGGAAGAAAACGUUUUGCUCACUUAAGUGCAGCACAGGAUGAAAUUCAUGUUGAUGCACCAGUACCAUGGGGCGAGGAUACUUUAUUUACUUUAGAAUUUCGUCCCGCAGCCAUGGCAGAUCACGAUGAUGAUCAUGGAGAUCACGUGAAAUCAGAGGGUGGACAUUACGCUCUUCAUACUUGUAAUAAUAAGUACCUUGCACGCGAUGGUAAAUUGUUAGAUAGUUGCACCAGAGACUGUCUUUUUGCGGCUGAAUUUCAUGCAGGACUACUUGCACUGAGAGAUAUCAAUGGCGCAUAUUUAGCACCGAUUGGAAGCAAGGCUGUAUUAAAGUCUAGAUCCACAACCGUAACGCGCGACGAACUCUUUUCUUUGGAAGAAUCUCUUCCACAGGCCUCCUUUGUUGCUGCUCUAAAUCAGCGAUAUGUUUCUGUAAAGCAAGGAGUGGAUGUAACUGCAAAUCAAGAUGAAAUUUCUGGUCAUGAAACAUUUCAAUUAGAAUUCGAUCGUGUCACAAAACGAUGGUACGUACGUACAAUGCAGGAUCGUUAUUGGAGUUUGGAAGCUGGUGGCGGCAUCCAAGCUGCUGAUCACAAAAAGUCUUCGAAUGCUCUAUUUGAUCUUGUUUGGCAAGAAGAUGGUACGGUGGCAUUGCGUGCUAACAAUGGCAAAUUCAUAGCUACUAAACGUUCUGGCCACCUUUAUGCAAAUGCUGAACUUACUAAUGGAAGUGAUUCGGAUGCUUGUAAAUAUUAUUUCUAUUUGAUAAACAGACCAGUUUUAGUACUUCGAUGUGAGCAAGGCUUUGUAGGUCCUAAAAGUACAACUAGCCCCAAGCUUGAGUGCAAUAAAGCUAGUUAUGAGACAAUUCGCGUUGAACGAUGUGAACGUGACAUUGUUAGAUUUAAAGGACAAAAUGGAAAAUAUUGGCAUGCAGAUAGUGAGGGAGUAACUGUUGAUUCUGAUAUACCAUCUGAUGGCUUUUACUUGGAAAUGCGUGAACCAUCUCGUCUAUGCAUUAAAUCUACUGAUGGUCGAUAUCUUACUGCAGGUAAAAAUGGUGUUUUGCGUUUAGGAGAAACAGAUUAUGAUUCUGCCACAAAAUGGGAAUUCUAAUGUGGGUGGCUGCUUUUGGAAAAACAUAAUCCAUCAGAUGUGAUUAUAUCUCAUCGUAUUUUUUACCUGGGAACGUAAGAACAAAAACUUUGUUCCUACUAUGAUGUACUUAACCAAGAACAGUUUUAUAAACUUCACCGUCAAACGAAUUUACGACAUAUCGAUGGUGAAUUAUCUUUAUGGGGCUACAAAAAAAGAUAUCGUAAAUUUGCAUAAAUCAAAGACUGACAGCUAUAUUAACUGUGAAUUAUUAAGAGCCAAUCAUUAUCACGAGCUUUUUUAUACGCAAUGCUUCAUUUUAUAUAAACUAUACAAUCAAUUUAUAGCGCAAUAAGCUUCAUAAAGUAAAUCAUUUGAAUUACGUCAAGACACAUUGACAAUACGUAUUUGAUAUUUGAUAAAAUUGUGUAUUAAAAGUGAGGAUGUUCUUUGUGGGUCAUUUAUGAGAUAUCUUUAAUAAAGCUUUCCAUUUUUAAUAGCAUAUAUGCAUAGAUUACUCAUAAUUUAAAUUAAGGGGAAUAUAACAAGAGUAUAGACGCGCGCGUACAUUGGUCAUAGACUAAUUUUUGUUCUACUAUUGUUCUCUACCAAAAGCAUAUUAUAAUAUGAAUACUAAAUUAUAUCCCUUUUUUGAUAAGUGCUUUUUCGAAUUGCAAAUUUCAAAGAGAAAAUAUUUCAUAGUUGUUUGCAACACUAAUAUGUGAUGUGUUUUAUUUAAUACACGCAUACUUUACAUUCAUAAUACUUAUUGCUUUAAAACACUCUGUCAAUUCUUAUUAAACAAAAAGGUAUAUAUUCGAAAGAAUUAUUUCUUCUUUUUUUUAUUCACAUAUUUUUAAACUCAAACUAAGGACUGAUCUAUUUAAGUAUCAAGUAAGUUCAAAGGCUAAUAUCAACAAUGACCAAAAGUAAUAUUUAAUGUUUUAUAAAUAAAUUUAUAAUGUGUGUUUCAUUUGAUAUAUAUAUAUGAAACAUGAGAAAUAUUCCUCUCUAACAAUUAGUGUUAAAAAUAAUCAAUCCAUGAUUUUCUGCAACUAUUUACUUGUGCACAAAUUUCUGUAGCUUUCAUUAAAAUAAACUAUUACAUUUGGAAUUUUUUAUUAAAGGUAACAAGUAUAAUAUCGAUAUAUUAUAACAAUACAUUGAAAUUAAAUUCGAUGAGUACGCUUGAGCGGAAAAUGAGUAUAAAAUGUAGUAACAUGUAGAACUUACUUAUCGUCAUUGGUCAUCAAUUUAAACCUAUUCCAAAUCAAUAUAUUGCAUAGGCAUGUAUUUUUAAUCGUCUAUGCAUUGCGCAAUAUAAAACUUUUGUCUAUUUUUGCUAUUAAUUAUGUACAAUUUUUACAAAACUGUGUGGAUUUGAUUUUUUUUUCUUUUUAAAUACUACUGUACGCAACUAUCGAUAUUUCCAACUCUAAAAUCUCUCUUAUAUAUAUAUACAAUUAAUAAUUUUAUUAAGAAUUAUUAACACACGAAUGUAAUAAACAAUUUUAUAUUGACU